UAUGGCUUCCUUCUCGUAGUGAUGGAGGUCCAGUGAUAACAACAAGGAAAAACUGGAGUUUUUCGUCGUUCAUUUACAACUCGUCAUAAGUUGGGUUUACGAUGCAGAAAAUCAAGUCUCUCAUGGCUCGUCAGGGCCUGAAAAGCCCCCAGGAGAGCAUGGCUGACCUUAGUCCAGUGGAGAACCUGAGGAUCCCAAGCAAGGAGGAGUUGCGGGAGUUGAGGGAGCAACCCAUCGACCCACAGGCGGAGCAGGAAAUCAUUGAAAGCAUCGAGGAGGUCUACUUCUCCAACGACUCCUUUGACAUGGUGCAACAUGAGCUGCAGCAACUCCCACCUGAGCUGAACCUGCAGGAGCUGGAGGACUACAGGGACAAGCUCAAGAGACAACAGGCUGCGGUUUCUAAAAAGGUUGCCGACCUUAUUCUGGAGAAACAGCCCGCUUACGUGAAGGAGCUGGAGAGAGUGACAGCGUUGCAGACCAACCUGCAGCUGGCAGCAGUCAUUUGCACGAAUGCAAGAAGGCAACUUAGUGUGUCGAAAGUGGGGUUCACUGAGGCCAGCCUGGGUCUUUUAGCCAAUCAGAGGAGAAGACAACUGUUGACAGGCCUGCUCAAGUCUCUGAGGACCAUCAAGACCCUGCAAAGAACGGAUGUGAGACUCAGCGAGAUGCUUGAGGAGGAAGACUAUCCGGGUGCAAUCCAGCUCUGUUUGGAAUGUCAGAAGGCCGCCAGCACCUUCAAACACUACAGCUGCAUCAGCGAGCUGAAUUCAAAACUACAAGACACUCUGGAGCAAAUAGAGGAGCAGCUCGAUGUCGCCCUUUCCAGAACUUGUAAGCACUUUGAUGAUUUGCACUACACCAAGGUCCAGCUGGCCUACUCACUCCUGGGCAAAACACAGACUGCGAUGGACCAGCUGCACAUGCAUUUUACCCAGGCCAUCCACAACACGGUGUUCCAAGUGGUGCUGGGCUACGUUGAGCUGUGUGCCGGCAACGCUGACACCAAGUUCCAAAAGAUGCAGUAUAAGGACCUGUGCACGCAUAUCACCCUUGACAGCUACAUUCCCUGCCUGACAGAUCUCUGCAAGGCUCUGUGGGAAGUGAUGCUGAGCUACUAUCGCACAAUGCAGUGGCAUGCAGACCACGACCAACAGGAGACCACACCCACUCCAGGCGACCCAGCAGCAGCAGCAGCAGAGUCUGACGAGCUGACGGUGGACCGUAGCUAUGUGAAGAAGAAGCUGGAGCAUGGACUCACAAGAAUCUGGCAGGAUGUCCAGUUAAAGGUGAAGGCUUACAUCCUGGGAACGGACAUGUCUAACUUCAAAUACGAUGAUUUCAUCGUGGUACUGGAUGUCAUCAGCAGGUUGAUGCAGGUUGGGGAGGAGUUCUGCAGCAGCAAAUCGGAGGUCUUGCAGGAGUCCAUAAAACGCCAGAGUAUUAACUACUUUAAGAACUAUCACAGGGCACGACUGGAAGAGCUGAGGAUGUUUCUGGAAAAUGAAACGUGGGAACUGUGUCCAGUCAAGUCCAACUUUAACAUUUCCCAGCUCCAUGAGUUUAAGUUCAUGGGCCAGAGUCGGUCUCCGUCUGUUUCCCCAAGCAGACAAGCUGUGUUGUCGUCUUCGUCCUUCCCAGCCCAGGAGGAGCUGUCGCUCUUCCAGCAGUUCUUUCAGGAGGGGAACCCCUUUGAGAUGCACAUUGAGCAGAAGGAGGAGGAAACGGAGGAUGUGCUCGCAUCUAAUGGGUAUGAGUCAGAUGAGCUGGAAAAGUGUGUGUAUCAAGACUAUGACAGCGACAGCGAUGUCCCCGAGGAGCUCAAGCAGGACUAUGUUGAUGAGCAGACGGGUGAUGCUCCUCUGAAGAGUGUGUCCCGGGAGACUAUAAGGAGCAAAAAGAAGUCUGACUACAACCUUAAUAAGAGCAAUGCUCCGAUUCUCACCAACACCACCCUCAACGUCAUCAGGCUUGUCGGAAAGUACAUGCAGAUGAUGAACAUCCUGAAGCCGAUAGCCUUCGAUGUCAUCCACUGUGUAUCACAACUCUUCGACUACUACCUUUACGCCGUAUACACCUUCUUUGGACGCAAUGACAUGCCGGUCCCAAGCCCGUCUUUGCCCACUUAUGCUGGCAGGGAGGGGGUUAUUACCAGGGUGGUGGGCCCUGCCUGCCUGUAUGAGUCAUCAGGUCUGGGUCUUAUCAGCAGCAGACUGAGAACCACGCUGAACCGCAUCCAAGAGAGCCUCAUCGACGUGGAUCCUGUUGGUGACACUGCAGGAGUUCAUGGCCCACCAGAGGACAGGAAGGAGAAGGUCCCCAGCCCCCAUCUCAGCCAACUGGUGGUCCUCACAAACACUGACACUCUCUAUGGGCUGGCACAGAGAGUGGUGGCCACCGAGUCUCUCGCAUUUCUGGCCGAGCAGUUCGAGUCUCUGCAGUCCCACUUGGAUACGAUGAUGCCUGCGGCCAAGAAACCGUUCCUGCAACAGUUCUAUUCCCAGACCGUGUCUACAGCCAGUGAACUGCGGAAACCGAUAUACUGGAUAGUGGCGGCCAAGGCCAUCGACUACGAGCAGAUGUUGCUCCUGAUGGCCGGAGUCAAAUGGGACAUCAGGGAGAUCAUGUCACAGCACAACAUAUAUGUGGAUGUCCUGUUGAAGGAGUUUGAGCAGUUCACCAUACGGCUGGGUGACGUGUCCCGGCACGUGCGCAUCCCCCUGCCCGUGUCCAACGUCCUCUGGGAGCACUGCAUCCGCCUGGCCAACAGGACUCUUGUUGAGGGCUAUGCGAACGUGAAGAAGUGCAGCAACGAGGGCCGGGCCUUGAUGCAGCUGGACUUUCAGCAGUUCCUGAUGAAGCUGGAGAAGCUGACGGACCUGCGGCCCAUCCCCGACAAGGAGUUCGUUGAAACCUAUAUCAAGGCCUAUUACCUCACCGAGAACGACAUGGAGCAGUUCAUCAAGAAUCACAGGGAGUACUCCAUGAAGCAGCUCGCCAACCUGGUGAACGUUUGUCUGGGUUCACACAUCAACAAGAAGGCUCGUCAGAAACUCCUGGCCGCCAUCGACGACAUAGACCGACCCAAGAGAUAAACUCGCCAAGGGAUGGAGCCGAGUGCGUGAAGGAGCCCGCAGAGGAGAAAAACCACACAGCUCAGCUUUGAAUGUCUUCGUGUUCAGUCUCAAAUACAAACAUAAACCUGUGCUGUGUACAGUAGUAGAAAAAAAAAUCAGCGUAGAGCUCAUUAUUGUAUGUUAAUCUCAUCCUUAUGUGGUCCAAAGCUCCAAUGGCUGCUUGUUGAAUGCACCCUGUGACCUCCGUUUCUCACUCCAGCAUGCUGCACCUCCACCAUAACGCACCUCCUCCUCUUUACCUUCAGCAAAACGUUUUCUGCUGGUUGUUGGCAACCACAGGAACCUCUUAUGUCUUAAAUGAUCUUGCGUUUUUUCCCCCCACAUAGGCUGUUUCCAGCACCAGAUCUAACCGUGUGGCUGUUUACAGUAUUAUAUCAACAUGUGACACAGCACCUACCUUUAUACUCAAGAAAAGGACAAGUGAACAUCUGUGAGUUGCUAAAUUUUGAAGUGAUGAUGUGGAAAAGGCAUCCCACGAGGAAGCUGCUGGUCGCACCCGUCCGUCUUAAGAGCGCGCUCGCUCGCUCGCGACGUUAUUGUUCUCCGUAAUGAUUCAUCAUCGCAGCUCAUACAGUUUGCUUGCUGUAUAUUCGGUGGCUUCGGGGUGUUUGUCGUGCCUGACUGGAUUCUCUACUUCGGUGUUUUGUUUGUUUUUCCCACAAAAAAAAGAUAAAGAAGAAAAAAAAAAAAAGCUAAAUCUAAUAUAAAGGUGAUGAUUCUGAGAGUAAUAUAAAUGGCUGUAGUUUGCAUUAACAUAGUUAGAUUAUAAGUGCAGAAGCUGGUUUUGUUUGUCUGCCAUCUGUCAUAUCUGAGGAGGGAAUUGUUUUAUCGUCCGUAUGAAAGAGUUUCUCUUUCAGUCCAUCGAUUUUGCAGAGCAGUUAAAUCUCUCCUGUUUUUAUUUGUUUCAGUUUUCUUACUAUAAAAGGAAUAUGUCUUUUUUGUCAUCUCAUAAGUGAGUCUAUGUGAUGGAGAAAUCUCAUUUAUGUCUAAUGAUAUUUAUGAAGCUGCAGCCACUCGCGCAGAUUGAACUUUCUACCUUCCCUCAGAAACGUUUCAAGUUUUAAAAGUCGACUUCAGAAUGAGUGAAACUAUUAUCCUGCUCACGAGAAGAAUGUAACAUUCAUUAUAGUUGAUUAUACAAAUUCUGCUCACUUUCACACUUCAUCAGGCUUUUUGUUGCAUAUAUAAGCAGCCAUAAUGAUUUAAAAACUCCCUUACUAAAUUGGCAGAUACUUAUUCUUUAAAAUCUUUGAAAAAAAAAAAGAAAUUGUUCACAAAGCGUUAAAAAUUCCCAGCCGGUCAUGAUUUGAUUUUACAGGGUUUAUUUGUAUUUGCAGCUUCAAAAUGUCUGAUUUUUCACACACUAUAAACAAAUGAUUCCUUAAAUACAUCAAAGUCAGCAUUAGAAAAUAUCAAAUAAAAGAUAUUUAUCCCAAAGGAAAAGCUGCAAAAGUAUUUUGAUCAGAGCAAACAUUUUUUGUUGUUUUUUUUUAAUCUAAAUGAGGAAUUAUCUUGUUAAAUAUGUGAAUUUCUGUUUUCAGUAGAAGGUGUGAAAUCUUUGGUAAACGUACAGACCUCCGGAAACUGAAUUUAGGUGAAAAGUUCAGUUGAUUCAGGUGAAAUGUGCCGAACUGACCAGAUUAAAUGUUGUGUACUUUUGGCAAAAACACUAAACCUGCUUGUAAUUUGAUAAACGACCUCCGCGUGGCUCUCAUAUUUAACAUUUCUCUCCUUGAAGAAAAGAACAAACGACAAACAAUUAGUGGUUUUCUUUCUCCCUCCUCUCCUCCGCCGGUCAUCUUUAUUAGUUCACCCUGACCCGACCGGCAGGGGGCCGCUCCAAAGUAAACAAAACAAAAACACGAGAUGAAGACGCCCCAGGUUCUGACGGGUCACACGUGCAGCUGUUCCUGGAAGAAUACUGUAAAUGUGAAUGUUUGCAACGAUGUCUGUAUUUAUUUCUUGUUUUGGUUUUUAUAUGAUAACGGCUGGUUGCGUACAGUCACUUAUUCCUUGUAACUUAUAACCUGAAUCAAAUACAAAUAUGUAAAACUUUUCAAAUCGUGUUGAGCGUCAAGUGCACUAUAAUGAAACUCUGCAACUGUAGGUUGAUGAUUUUGACACAAUAAAUACACUAACGAACGUUGCCCGUCGUCUGUGUUCAGUCGCUUUGUCCCAGUGAAGUCACAGAAGUGCAGCUUUAGUAGAUAAACCACUAGGGGUGUAACAAUAUAUCGUGCCACGAAAUUUCACGAUACAAAAACGUCACGAUACGUGUCGUGGAGGUGGCAAAGUGUAUCGCGAUAUUGGGUUAUUAAUAUUAAUCUAUUGUGUUGACUAGUAACGCGCAUCCGACCGCGGCCGCGCGGACCAAAAUCUUACUCCGCUCAGAAGAAACUAGUCCCGUUUUGCGGUCCCGUUUUGAGGUCUGAACUUUUACUUAUGUAAGGCUGGUGUAGAGUUAAGCCUUACCUUAUUAAAUUAAACCUUUUUCGGGUCGUGAGUAGGAUAAACACGGGGGCAACUUCUGAUGAGUUCCAGUGUACUUCAAUGUCCGCUCAACAGCGUAGGAUUUUAGAGCAUCAACACAGCACCUAGUGCUGUAUCACUCCGCCCAAUCUAAAACAUACUAAUCACUACAGAUAAACUGACUAGUGUAAUUAUAGUCCCUGAUUUACAUCAGAAUAUAAAGAAUAUAUUUAUAAAAUAAUGAACCCGGAAUUACCAAAAUAACCUUAACAAAAAUAAAUCUCCUCUUACACUUAUAA